UUUCUGUAAUUGGUGAUAUUUCGAGGUGCGAAAGUGGAAUAUAUGCAUUCCUCCUCUUCCACGUGUGACGUGUUUAAGCUGUUACCGUUAAUUUAUUUAUUUAUUUAUAAUUUAAUAUUCGCAUCUCCUUCGCAAUUACCGAACAGAUUACACACAACGCACUGAAUCAGUUUCUCCUCUUCUUCUUCUUCUUUUUCUUCUUCUUCACCGAGCUGAAAUCGAUUCCGCCUGCUUCACAAAAAUGGAGUCGUGUCCGUACAAUUUCCCCUCACUGAGGAUAAUCUCAACUCUGAAGAAUCCUCUUCUACAGCGCAGAAAUAAAAUCACCUCUAAUUUCAGUACGCUAACUCGUAGCGCUAGAUGCUGCAGUAUUACCAGUACGGCGGCGGAGCUCUCGACGGCGGAAGAAACCACUGCUUUCUCUUACAAUAAGUUCGUCCGCUUCGCUUUGGAAGAAACCAGAAAGCACACACAGUUAAUUCCUUCUCCAUUACAGGACAAGUAUAGUUGCUUGGCUGCCAUGGAUGGGAAAACAGAGCUCCAAAUGCACUCUUUCGAAACACCGAAAAUUAGACUGCUUCGGAGUUUGUCCGUUGAAGGGAGUGAUGGAAUGCAGGUAUUGGAUUUUGCCAUCUUCCCAAGAGCAGAGUUCGAUCUUCCGAUUUUUUGUGCCAACUUUUUCACCACUGCUGUCAUGAAUAUAAUUGUACUGGACCUCAACCCAUUACAUGAUGUAAUGAUCCAACAAGAUUACAAGGAAAAGUACUACAAACAAUUGAUUCGUCUCGGAAUUAAGUACGCCGAGCUUUUGCCGUGGGGAGGAAAACUUACCAGCGAAUCGAUAAAGUUUUUCUCACCAAUCGUAAUAUGGACUAAGUUUCCUUCAAGCGAACAGAAACACGAAAUUCUAUAUUCUGCUUUCAUGGAUUAUCUCAAGUCAUGGCUUAAGCUGAUGGAUGAGGCUUCAGCGGAAACUGAUGUUUCUCGGAUUACGUUAAAUCUCGAAUCACAGCAUAAGUAUCUCACAUGGAGAGCAGAAAAGGAUCCGGGCCAUCAAGUUCUGAGAAGAUUAGUCGGGGAGACUCGUGCAAAGGAAAUAAUCAAGAGUUUUCUGUUCAAUGGAGUUGAUGAACUGGGAACCAAGACAUUCACCGAUUACUUCCAAGAGUAUAAGUGCGAUGACGGGACUGUCAAUCAAAAGCGAAGUAUGAUCGGAAAAUCAUUCGAAAGUCGGCCAUGGAAUACAAGAGGGGAAUUCAUCGGUAACAAUUUACGAUAAAACAUGUGCACUUUUAUAUCACAUUUUCAAUUUCCUCGAAGUUUCGAGCAGUUCUGUCUACAUUAUAUAUACUUUGUGCAUAUCGCCUUGUGUUGUACUUAUUCAUUAAACUGUUGUAGGCUGAUGAUGUAACUUAUGGAAGCGUGUAACCUCUGCUACAAAUUUUGUAUGAUUAAUAAUUAUAGUAAAAAUCAUAUGGUUUUUUUUUAUUUU